AUGACCGUCGACAUCGAGGCGUUCCUGGCCGAGGAACGCGACAAGGCCGAUGAGGAGCUUACCGUCAUGUUCCUUCAGUUCGAAGAACUAUGGUCACGAAAGCUAUGGCAUCAACUAACUGAGUCCCUGCUGGAAUUUUUCAAUAAGCCCCAAAGUGGGAAGCAAAGAUUGUCGAUAUACCAGACUUUUGUUCUAUCGUUCGCAGAUAAGAUAAACCAGUUGAAUCUGGUGUCGUUAGGGCUGUUGGCCGCGUCACAUAUCCAAGAUAAGAACGAUGCCCUGAACUUCUUAAAUGAACUUAAGGGCAAGGUCAAGGGGACAUCGCAGGAGGCAUACGUCUACGCCACAGUUGAAGCGGCAAAGAUCAAGCUCCAGCUAGAUGAUUUUGAGGGUGGAAGGACAGACUUAGAUGAAUCUGAGAAGAUCUUAGAGAAGUUUGACUCUGUAGAAUCGAUGGUUCAUGCUUCUUUCUACAGUGCUAACGCGGAUUACUAUCAUGCACGACAAGAAUUCGCCUCAUACUACAAGAACUCCCUCCUUUACCUCGCAUGCAUCAAUAUCGAUGAUCUCCCCGUCGCGGACCGUCAGGCUCGCGCCUAUCUCCUUGCAGUCUCCGCCCUCGCUGCCGACACAAUCUACAACUUCGGAGAGCUUCUUCUCCACCCCAUCCUCGAUUCUCUAAAAGGCACACAACACGAGUGGAUACAUGCCCUUCUCUAUACUUUCAACGAAGGAAAUAUUGGCAAGUACGAGGGCCUUACUGUGCACCUCGCCAAGGAGCCCACCCUUGCCAGUCGUGGCGAUUUCUUGCGAAGGAAGAUCCGGCUGAGCGCCCUCACCGAGGCUGUAUUUGUCCGACCACCGAACGAGAGAGCUCUGUCGUUUGCUACAAUUAUGAAGGAAACACAGGUGGCGCCGGAUGAGGUUGAGCAUUUGUUGAUGAAAGCUCUAAGUUUGGGAUUGAUUCGGGGAUCGAUAGAUCAGGUUUCGGGAAUUGCAAGAAUAUCGUGGGUACAACCUAAGGUGCUGACUAUGCAGCAAAUCAAGGGUAUGAGGGAUCGGUUGAUUGAGUGGGAUUCGGGUGUUAGCCAGUUGAGCGUUUGGAUGGAGAAUAAGAUGUAA